AUGCUCGAGCUUCAAGAAAUUGGGCCACAAAGAAAAAUCACUGUCCCUUAUAUCCCAGCCCUUCUUAAACUUAAAUUUAAUUGCAGGAUGAUUUCUGUCUAUUGGUAACACAGCCGCCAAGGACCCAUUAGGUUUCAUCCGCUUUGUGAUGUCAUCAGGUAAGCUAGGUCUGGUUGAGAUAUUCCGAAGUGAAAAAGGGAUUGAUACCAUCUUGUUCCUCUUUCAGCCCCUAACUCCAUGGGAUAAUCGAAGUCUUUGCUCUUCCUCUUGCGCCUCCUCCUUGCCUUAGACUUCUGUUCGACGAAGGUUGCCCACACACAGAAAUCCCAAAAUAAGAAGUUCUAUUCAACUUUCGGCCUUUCCUUCUAGAUCAAAUCCAACCCUGAAAAUAGUCUAGGGCUAGAUUCCACACACUGCAAAAAUUGCUUACCUAAUAGCCCAGUCCCUUCCCGAUCUCCAGGAUUUUUCUCUAUGCUUUUUUUUACAUGAGUAAAGCCCAUGCUUUUAUUAGGAAAAAAUCUGAAGCUUGAGCAAGAUGACAUCCCCAUUCUUCCUGAUGAACAUUUAAUAGAGCACGAAAAUUUAACCACCUACAUUUCAAAGCACCGCCUAUUUAAAGCAUUAUUUUUAUCAAACUGAAAGCUCCUCUUAUUAGUCACUAUCCUUGGAAACAUUGUUGUAGUCUUUGACUUCUCAUCCCCUAUUUUUAUUAAGCUCCUCAUUGCAUAUCUAAAAUCUGAAGAAAAACCAUUAUCUAUAGGACUUUAUUUAUUACUUGGCUAUAUAUUUGUCACAUUAAUAAAUCAGCUUGUAAAAGGCCGAUUUUCAUGAACUAACCAAUUGAUAGAAUUAAAGGUAAAAAGCUCAUUAUCAAACGUAAUUUAUUCAAAACUCUUAAAAGCAGCCUCAAUUCCUAGUAACUUAGGAGUAAAUAUCCUUAUGGUUGACGUCAGAAAAAUCUAUGAAGGUCUUAGAGAUUUAAAUAUGUUUAUUACUUGCCCUAUGCAAGCUGGGAUAUCAAUGUAUAUAAUCUAUCAACAAGUAGGAAAUGCUGUAUUUGCUGCCCUUGGGACUUUAAUUAUAUGCAUUGCUAUGGACAUGUUUAUUGCUCGAAGAGUCCAGCGAUUUUCUAUCAGGAUUAUGUCACACCGAGACAAACGUAUAGAAGCCAGCACACAAAUGCUGACUAAUAUAAAAAUGAUUAAAGCUUGUGUAUGAGAAAACGUAUUUAAGACAAAAAUAAACAGCAUCAGGGCAAGUGAGUUAAGUAUUUUACGGUUAAUAAAGCUUUUUCUUGCAACUUCUAGGUUCUUUUUCUGAGUGAUACCUAGUAUCACAGCUGCUAUUGUUUUUGUAUAUUAUACAGUAGUUAUGAAAGAAAAACUUGACCCAGAAAUCGCAUUCGUUACCUUAACCACGCUGCUUUUAUUACAAGAUUCUUUGCAGGAUUUAUCAUGACUAGUAUCUCAACUGCUAAUAUGUGUUGUAAGCGUCAGGAGAGUACAAAGUUUGAUUGAUUUGCCUGAUUUAGACGAACCGAAUAAAGGUGACAAAAUUUUGAUGAAAAAUUGCACUUUUGCCUAUGGGGACAAAAAUAUUUUGAAAAAUAUUAGUCUUGAGGUAAAACAAGGGGAGUUUGUGGCGGUUGUUGGAGAAGUGGGGAGCGGGAAAUCGUCACUGCUGAAUAGUAUUAUGGGAGAGUUGAAGAUAAAAGAAGGAUUUAUUAAUGUCCCUGAUAAUAUUGCAUAUGCCCCGUCACUAGAUUCGUGGAUACAGAAUGAUACUUUGAAAAAUAAUAUUUUGUUUGGAAAGCCUUACAAUGAGGCUUGGUAUUUAAAAGUGCUUGAUGCCUGCUGCCUAAUCCAAGACAUAAAUUCUCUGCCAAAUAAAGAUUUAACUGAAAUUGGGGAAAGAGGGAUAAAUCUCAGUGGAGGCCAAAAAGCAAGAAUUUGCCUUGCAAGAGCUGUUUAUGCAGACAAAGACAUUUAUUUAUUAGACGACCCUUUAAGCUCAGUAGAUACUUAUGUUGCAAAAUAUAUCAUGAACAAAUGCUUUUUAAACGUAUUAUCUCAAAAAACGAGGAUUUUAGUUACACACCGCCUAAAUAUUUUAAAUAAAGUUGACCGGGUCAUUUUACUUCAAAAUGGUUCUAUUAAAAAUGACUCUUCUCCUGACAAAAUUAAAAUAAUAGAAGAAAUCAAAGAAACUAGUAGAGUUGAAAUAGAAGAGCCAGCACCUCAGCAAUCAAAAUUAAUCGAAAAAGAAGAAAAAGUCCUCGGACGAAUUAACAGCCAUUUAUAUAUUGACUAUUUUAAAUUUUCUGGAGGCUAUUUUUUUCCAUUUCUUGCAGUCUUAUCAAUGGUACUGUGAGCUAUAACUCGUAUGAUAGGAGACAUCAUAUUAAAAAAUUGGACCACAAACCCUGACGGAAUUGAUGAAUAUUUACCUUUAUAUUUACUGUUCAGAGUUGGAGGAAACAUUUUUUCUUAUAUUCGAGCUUUAUUAAUGAUGGCAGUUGUAGGAAUCAAAUCAAAUUUUCGCUAUUACGCUUAACGUCCACUAUCAGGUAGCCAGCUGUCACAGCUAUCUCUAAAACCGCUCUGGGCAUUCAUCCAUCGCCUUGGGUAGGUGAUAUCCUUCUGGGAAAUUCGAUUCCCUAAGGUCAAGAGUCUGAUAGGGACAACAACCCGGCUCUUGCUUCCCUGACAUAGCUGAGAGACAAUUUCACCAGGAAAUAUUAAAUCUCAUACGAGAGAGAUGAAUUAUCCGUCGGGAGACCAGAAAAUUCGAACGUCGCCAUAUUUUAAUCAGCAGCUAUAGGAAAUCAGCGCGUCUAAAUUUGUGCAUCACAAAAUGAUUGAGUCUUUUAUUAAAGCUCCAGUAAACCUUUUUUACGAUGUAACACCAAUAGGCAGGAUUUUGAAUAGGCUUAAUAAGGAUCUAAACUCUAUCGAUGAAAAUAUAUCAGGCGCAAUGGCUGCUGUUAUAGCUCAAACCUGUCAGGUAGCUUCAAUGGUGACUAUAGGCUUAAUAUAUUUCCCUAUUAUUACCCUAUUACUGCCUUUUUUAGUAUAUUAUUCUUUACAGAUAAAAGAGCUAUAUUUAAGUGCGGCAAGAGAGCUAAGGAGAUUUGAGGCUAUUUCGAACUCUCCAAUCCUUAAUCAUUAUGCAGAAACUGUUUCAGGAAUAAAAAUCAUCAGGACUUUUCAGCAGAACGAAAACUUUAAACAGAAAAAUUAUCGUCUAAUUAAUUCAAAUUCAAGAUUAUUGUACUCACAAGCUGCUUGCAAAUGCUGGCUUUCAGUGACUUUAGGGCUGCUAAGUUCAACUGUCCUGUGGGUGUUAUUUUCACUUGUAAUUAUUUUUAGGUAUAAUGUCCCAAUUGACAUUGUAGGACUGUCUCUUGCGUAUGUUGUGCCUUUGCCUCACAACAUCUUAAGACUCGUAGGGGACUGAGCGAACUUAGAAAACCAGAUUAUUGCUGUAGAAAGGGCUAAACAGUACAUAGAUAUAAUUUCAGAAAAUCCUAAUGAAAUAUCAUCAGACAAAAAUUUACAGGACUGGCCUAGUCAGCCGUCUAUUCAAUUUAAAGAAGUCUAUAUGAAAUAUAGACUAAAUACUCCUCUUGUUUUGCAAGGAGUAAACCUAUUUAUUGAAGCUGGGACAAGAGCAGGACUAGUUGGGAGGACUGGCAGCGGGAAAUCAUCUAUAGCGCUUUCCGAGGAUGGCGCGGAAUGGCGCCAUCCUCGGGAAAGCCAGGAAGGCAUCCACACGGGAACUGGGAGUUCCACGUGUGGAUGCCAUUUUGACAUGUGGAAGUUUGGAUCCCACAUGUCAAAAAUGGCAUCCACACGUGGAACUCCCAGUUCCCGUGUGGAUGCUUAGUUGACUUUCCGAGGAUGGCGCCAUUCCGCGCCAUCCUCGGGAAAGCGCUAUAUUUAUUUAUGCCUUUUACGCUUAGUUGAGCUUCAUGCUGGGACAAUUUUUAUUGACGGCGUCAAUAUUGCUAUGAUUGGGCUGCACAAGCUGAGAUCUGCAAUAACCCUUGUCCCUCAAGACCCAUUAGUAUUUUCUGGGGAUCUAAGAGAUAACUUGGAUCCCUGCAAAAUAAAAAGCCAUGAAGAAAUACAAGAGGCGCUAAGGGAAGUGAAUUUGUCAAAGUUUUCUAUUGAUUAUGAAAUAAAGUCAGACGGGUCUAAUCUGUCAGCUGGUGAAAGACAGCUUAUAAGCUUAGGUAGAGCAAUGCUGGCCCAUACAAAAAUUAUUUUAUUUGACGAAGCGACUGCUGGGAUUGAUCAAGACAAUGAUUUAAAAAUCCAAGAAGUCGUUAAAAAUAAAUUUAAAGGGUGCACGAUACUGACUAUUGCACACAGGUUAGGGACUGUUAUGGAAAAUGAUGUGAUUUGGGUCAUGAAAGAUGGGAUUGUAGCUGAAAUGGGGAGUCCCAAAGAGCUGCUUUCUAGGGAUUCUUUGUUUAGGAAUUUAAGAGAUAAUUUUAAUUAA